ACUUCAGAAAGUGAAAGUGACUAAGUAUGUAUCUGAGAACGCCACUGAAGUGUAACGCUGCGUGUAGUAUUUGCAGUGAAUCUGCCGUGCAGUGGAACUUCAGAUUGUGUCAAAGGGGCCUGCAGGCAUCGUGUGGAGGAGAAGUUUACUGACACCAGGGUUGGAGCUGGAGUCACUCGACAGGGAACAACUGUGACACGAUCAGAGGAUGACAUCACAGUAUGCAUCACCUCACGAUCACUAAUGGAGCAAAGGUACAGAAUCAACAUACAAGCACCAUCUGUGACAGAGAAUCGCCAUCUCCAGUAUCUACUAUGAUGUAACUAUGAUGUACUGUGUGACCCGCAAAGCUGUCAGACACAAGAAUUAAAAGUGAUUCCAGAGUUGAUUCCCGCGUCCCCUGUAGUUGUCUUGUCCUUCAGACAAGCUGGGACGUGAAUACUCGUCUUUUUGUUGCUGUGUGCUAUUUCAUCGGUGACCUGCCAUCCAUCAGCUUUAGCCAGUGACUCCUCUCAAGCAACCAUCCGGAGAUUAAGGUUAUCGACCACAUAUAAAGUGAAUCCAAUUUGAACGAUUGUUGUAUAACCUGCUCAUCUGUCAAACACAAGAAUUGAAAAGUGAUUCUGGAGUUGAUCCUCGUGUCCUUUUUUUUUUUUGAAGCAGGAGCUGAUGUGCAACUUUCAGACACGACUUGAUUUACGAUUCCGAUUUUUUGCCCAUAGUGUGUAAUGCGGUGUGUGAGAUUGUGUGUGCAAUGUAUUGGCACCCAUCACCUUGUGCCCUGGAAUUGGCUCCAGGCUCCCCAUGACGCCACACAGGAUAAGUGGUAUAGACAAUGCAGGGCUGUUUUAUGUAAACAGUAAAAUUGGAUCGUUUAUGUAAACAGAACACCUGGAUAAUUAUAGAUUUUAUGGGCCAAAAAACUUAUGUCUAAUCAGAGGUGUUUGUGUGCAUGUGCGUGUGUGUGUGUGUGUCUAUUCAGGCCCUGCGAAAGACAGGGGGCAGUGUGUAUCUGAUGUGAAACGUUUUUAUUUUGUGAGCCUGUCAUUUUAGGUCUGUGUGAGAAACACAUGAGAGCUACAGUUCGCCUCCAUCUGAACGCUUCAGGUUGCCGAAGAAUGAUGUGCAUUUCCAUUAGCUACUAAGCAGGCGGAGGUGAACUCAAACAGCUCAAGGUCCAGUAUCAGAUUUGCCUGAUGACAUCAGGUAGGGCGUGACGGUAAGCUGAUUGACUUCUGGGGAAGCGGCUGUGUGAAGAAAUCUACUACCAGAAGCUACCGAAAGCCAGUGGAGGAAGCACAACCGCCAGAAAACUCAUGAGAAGGUCCGGGACAGAGGAGGGGUAUUUGAGAUGAUGUUUUACACAUCUAAAUAUCAACAGCUUUGCCUGGUAGCCACAUGUUGGCUCGGAGGAAUCUUCUCUUGCUUGUUAUUUUUUCAGUAUUCCUCAACAAGAUGUGCACCUGAAAUUCCUCCUUUUAAGACUGACUUUAUCAAGGAUCUGAAUGUCUCUAAACCUGUUUCUGCGGCACAAGUUCAGCCGGAGCAGCCUCCUGAGCCUCCCGAAAAGCCCAUUCUGCUGCUGUGGUUCUUGCCUGAAAACUACAAGUGGGACUAUGGUGACUGUAAAAAAAUAUACAACAUCGACGGCUGCCAUUUAACCGAUGACAGAAACCUUUACAACGAAGCGGAUGCAGUCCUAAUUUUCCACAAAGCCAUCAGCUGGGAUUUGUCGAACCUUCCACCAUCUCCUCGUCCCCCUUUUCAAAGAUGGAUCUGGCUCCAUGUAGAAUCACCGACCAACACGCCAAAGGUACCAGGUAUCGAGAACCUCUUUAACCUCACGUUAAGCUACAGGCGUGAUGCUGACAUUUCUGUGAGGUAUCCACUCACGGUCAGCAAAAAGCCAAAUGACAUUGUAAUCCCAAAGAAAGACAAACUCCUCUGCUGGUUCGUGUCCAACAUGGCAACGCAUACAGGAAUAGGGACCAGAAUGAAAUACUACAACGAGUUAAAGAAGUACAUCACUGUGACUAUUUUUGGACGCAUGACUGGGUCACGCUUGAGAGAUGAAGACUACUUCCCAGUUAUGGCUAGCUGUAAGUUCUAUCUCGCUUUUGAGAAUUCUGUCCACAAGGAUUACAUCACGGAAAAAUUAAACGGUCCUCUCGCAGCUGGGACCGUCCCUGUCGUCCUCGGGCCACCGAGACAAAAUUAUGAAGACUUUUCUCCGGGUAGUUCCUUCAUUCAUAUUGAUGACUUUCCUAAUGCUGAAGCACUGGCUAAUCAUCUGCUUGCGCUAGACAAAGAUGAUGAAGCCUACAGACACUACUUUGAUUGGAGAAAACAUGUGUCCGCAACUCCGCAACUUACCGUUUGGAAUCAAGAGUUUGUCAUAUAUAUCUGUCAUGCAUGUGAAUAUAUUAGUAGGCACAAAGAGUAUAAAGUUGCACAUGACAUCUACAAGUGGUAUUUUUCAUAGAGAAAAACUUGAACAUUUGAUAUCAUUAUAAACCUUUAGCACUGUUCCUUGAUUCCUUUGUAUAUCGGCAAUGAUUCCUGAAUACAACAUUAAUAACAUGCUUUAUUCUGAUAACUUAAAGUGUCAUAGAACAUGCUGUCAUUUUAACAACGUACCUGUCAUCUCUGCAAUCAUUUGGUUAAGUGAAUGUAAAAUAUUCUUUAUUAUCCACACUGUUUUCUUGUUUACAAUUAAUUUAUGAAGUAUUGCUUUUGCAACAUAAUUUGAAAACAUAACAUUUGUGAAAAAAAAAAGUAUGACAGUUGCUUUAUCAUACAUGUAGCUACAGGUUUUAAAA